UAAUCGUUUACGCCUUCGUAGAGCAUUCCAUCUUUCUGCGGACGCUCCGGCGAGAGCUUUAGUUUUAAAUCAUUAUGGACACAAUUCCAGUAAUCCGUGCUUUAAAUGCAAAGUUAAUGGUUUCCGACAUGAGAAUCGAAUGGUUUACUUGGGGAUCAAUCACGAAAAGCGAACAAAUGAACAAUAUAUAUCUUGUUUGAAUGAGGACCAUCAAAAAGGAAAAAGUCCAUUACAGGAUCUUGGAAUACCGAUUGUCACAAGGGUGCCUUUUGAAAUUAUGCAUCUGGUAUACGCUGGUGUUGCUUCGAGGCUAUUAAGAAAUCAUCCACGUCCACUUGAGCAAUUCGCAAAUUGAUUACGAGAAAAAAAUUAUAUACAACAUGUACCUGAACGUAAUCUUGAGAAUCAUCGCCUUUCAGCAAAACACUCAAAUAGUCCCAUUCCUGAAUGUAUGGAAAAUACAAAUGUCAUACAAUACAAAAAUUAUCAGUCAAAUUAAUUUAAUUUUGCAUUAGAUGAUUGCAAUAGCUUUUGCAAGAUUCGGGAUAACUCUAUUUGCAGAAUUAGAAAUAUUUUGACUCAAAAUAAAAAUGUUUUCUUUGUAGUACAAACUUUUCAAAAUGUUACAAAUUUUUAUGAAUUGCCAAUUCAGUCUUCAACUGUCGGAGUUUAUAAAUGCAAAGAGUUAUCAAAAGACUUACAAUUAAUCAGCACAAAUUAUGUAACUGCGAAGUGCUAUAGUAUGCCAAGUUGGACAGGAUCAUUCUCUUCAACAAAAAAAUCAGAAAAAAAUAAUGUGUUAUAAAAAAUGUCGGACAAUAAAGGUUCAAAAUGUAAUCGACGAGGACGUACAAUAAAAAAGCCUCCAAAGUAUUGUACUACAGAUUCUGAUAAGCCAACGAGGAAUAAGAAAAAGGCUAACAGUAAUGUAUUACAAGAAAUGACAGCAAUGUUCAGCAAUUCUAAUUCUGAAGAAUCAACUGAUGCGCCAAGUCAAUCAUCCGAUAAUGAAUAUAAUUAUCGACUGUGUGUCGACUGACACACAGUGAGGACAAUGUUGAAAUGAAAUAAGGAUCCCAAAAAAAUGCACAAUCAGCCCGGAAAAAAAGAAACAAAUCAAGAUAAACCAAUCGCAAAAUCUGACCGGAAAAAAGAAGGAAACCAAGAAAAAACACUACAAUCAACAUCGGAACAGCAACUUAGACACCAUGAAAACAAUAAUUUGAACUUACCCGGUUGUUCAGAACAAAUAUUACAAAAUAAUUAUGAUCAAGGAACACUACAACCAACAUCGGAACAGCAACUUAGACGCCAUGGAAACAAUAAUUUAAACUUACCCGGUUCAGCACAAACAUUACAAAAUUAUGAUCAAGGAGAUGAUGUGAUGCGUACAUCAAAUAAUCAUUCUGUAUACGAUUUCAACUCAGGAUCAGUUGUUGACACAAGUACUGUUCAAAACAAUUCGUCAAGAACUCCAACUUGUAACAAAUAUAUUUCUCCGGCUGUUACUUCAAAUAAUAAAUUUUAUGACAGUUCAAGUACUAAUGGCAUAUACGCAAAUGCAACCAGUGUCCCACCCACAUAUACAAAAGAAUUAUAUGGCUCAGGAACUGCACUGGUUAAUACACACAUACACCCGCAGUUGUACAACUAUCGUAAUAACAAUGAUGGCCAUAUAAAUUACAACGAUUCUGAAAAUGCCAUCUUAAAUAACUUGAAGGCAUCGCAAGAAAGUUUCUUCCAAAUAUUUGAGGAAAAAAUGCAAUUGUUUCCCAAGACUCAGGAACAAUAUGUUUCGAAAAAAAUGGACGAUAUGCAAAACUAUUAUGAGAAAAAAAUGGAUGAACUGAAAACCUACUUUAAUACAAAAUUGGAUAAUGUGCAAGCAUAAAAACGCAAAUAACGAUGAGGCUCGCCCAGUAUAUUCACUUCCGGAAGGUUUUUCAUUACAAAAAUAUGCAACAGUUUGAAAAUUUCGAGAAAGAUAAACAAAAGCA